AUGACGUCCUUCGAAACCCCGCCACCCUCCGGCGCGAAAUCAACCGCCGCGAUCACCUCGCACGACGCGUUCGGAAGCAAAGUUCCCCUCGCGGAGCCGUCGUGGUACCAGCACCUGAACACGCCGUUCUACAACGCGUCGCACGUCGCGUGGCGAAACAAGCUCCGCGACUUCUUCGAGGCGGAGGUCGAGCCGAUCGUGGACGACUGGGACAAGCAAGCGGUCACGAACAACCAUGUCAAGUGCGGCGAGUACAUCAAGACGAUGUACUCAAAGUCCGCGAAAUACGGCAUCCUCCCCGCGUGCGUCGGCAAACCCUGGCCGAAAAAGUACACCUCCGCGCCGGAGCCGGAGGGGUACGAUUACUUCCACGAGCUCAUCAACGUGGACGAGGGCACGAGGGCGGGGGGCGGGAUCGCGUGGGCGAUGAUGGGCGGCCUCGGGAUCGGGAUGCCGCCGAUUUUGAACUUUGGAAUCCCGGGCGACCGCGCGCUUCAGGACCGAUGCAUCCGAGAGUGCCUCGCCGGCGAGAAGAUCAUCUGCCUGUGCAUCACCGAACCCGGCGCGGGGUCGGACGUGUCUAACUUACAGUGCACCGCGAAAGACGCGGGUGAUCAUUACGUCGUGGAAGGGAACAAGAAGUGGAUCACGAACGGGAUCUACGCGGACUACUUUACCGUCGCGGUGAGGACCGGCCCUCCCGGGAGCAUGCACAAGGGACUCUCGAUGCUUCUCAUGGAAAAGUCCAUGCCCGGCAUCACCGUGUCCAAGAUGGACUGCAUGGGCGUGUGGCCGUCCGGGACGACGUACAUCGAGUUCGACAACGUGAAAGUCCCGAAGACGAACAUCGUGGGCAAAGUCAACGAGGGGUUCAAGCAGGUGAUGUACAACUUCAAUCACGAGCGGUGGCUCCUCGCGGCGCAGGCGGCGCGGAUGGCGAGGACGUGCGUCGAGGAGGCGCUGUCGUUCGCGAGGACGCGGCGGACGUUCGGGAAGUUUCUCAUCGAGCACCAGGCGAUCCAGCACAAGAUCGGCGAGAUGGCGCGCCAGUGCGAGGGGCUCCAGGCCUGGCUCGAGAACGUCACGUUCCAGAUGAACACGAUGUCCAAGGAGGAGCAAAACAAAAAGCUCGGCGGACACAUCGCGCUGCUCAAGCUGUCGUCGUCGCGCGUCGCGGAGUUUUGCGCGUCCAACGCGAUGCAGGUCCUCGGCGGCGCCGGGUACACGCGGACGGGGAAGGGCGUCAAGGUGGAGCGGAUCUAUCGCGAGGUGAAGGCGUACGCGAUCCCGGGAGGGAGCGAGGAGAUCAUGUUGAACCUCGCCGCCGGGCAGUUUGGGUUCGUGUCGAGGGCGAUGCCGGACCCGCGGGAUAAAAAGAUCAAGGCGUUGAUGGAGGAGCUGAAGCGCAUCAAGUCCAAGAUGUGAUCGACGCGAGCGAGGGGGUUUUGCAGCGAGCACGGCACCAAACGGGGUGUACAUAUUGUUUUGUAAUGAACAACGUCGCGACGCGCGCGUGAACG